AUGGGGCGACAUUGGUAGCACCCACACACGCCUCUUGGCUAUCAAUUCAUUCUGUACUAUUUGGAAGGAGAGGGGACACAUUGACAAGUUAAUCUAGUCAACAUCUUCCCCAUUGUAAAGUGUCACAGGUUGCUUCAGUUGAUGAUCCAAUCUAUGUAUGUACAACCACAGGUGCUGCCCUGAUGAGACAGUUUCAAAUCCUUUACUUUUGUAUCACUCUCGAUAGUAGGUGUGUGUAUGUGUGUACUAGAUAUUAAUAUUAGUAUUAUUAGUUGUAUUCUGUUGUUACUAAUAUUGAUGUUUGUUUGAUUGCAGGAGUCCGUGCAGCCAUGCUGAUGUGUGAUUAUCCAUUAAAAACAGAUAUGGAAACGUCGUUGUACCCCUCGUUGGUGAAGACCCCCGAGUCCUACAGCCUGGUGUUCUCCCACCUCUACCACCCCUCCAACGGCAGCGCCUUCGCCCCCGCCCACCACACCCUCUCGCACAUCCAGUUCCACGACUCCUGCCCCUCCUCCGCGUCCAGCGUGCCCCCCUCACACGCCACCCACCUCCCAGCCGGCCACGCCCAGCUGGAGCCCGUGGACCUCUCGGUCAGCAAGCGCUCCUCCACCUCCUCCACCUGCUCCGUGUCCUCCACCUCCUCCACGCCGCCCUUCUCCUCCCCCCCCUCGCCCUACAGCGCCGGGAGCCCCGCCUCCCCCCGCUGCUCGCCGCACCGGCCCCAGCACCACCGCUGCUCCCCGCCCGGCUCCGGCCACCACGCCUCCGCCCUGCACUACCCCGCCCUGCUGGGCCCCAUGCUGGGCUCGGGGCCCGGGGUCUUCCAGGGCUCCGGGGUGGUGGUGUCCCCCGUGAUGCUGCCCGUCCUCUACCCCGCCCCCCUCCACCUGCACCAGCCUAUCAUGGUGAGCUCGGCGGUUGCCUACGACGACGAGCACCACCACCACCACCAGCAGCCCCACCCCCACCACCACCACCACCACCCGCAGCAGCACCGCAGGAGGCAGGAAGGCAGGGAGUACAAGACAGGACCCUCUACAAAGCCCUCCGAUACGCUGGGCGACUCCCUCCGGCACACGCACAAGCCAAUCAAAAUGGAGCCCCGGCUGGAUCACGCUCACGACCCCUACGGAAGCCACGAGAUGGUAUCGCCCUCAGACACCAGCAUCCCGCGCUACUAUGAGGGCAACAACCCGUCUGUGAUCGUCCGGCCGGGGGCCAAGCACCCCCUGCCCCCCGACUCCCCCGAGACGCUGAAGAAGAGGCGCAUCCACCGCUGUGACUUUGGCGGCUGCCACAAGGUGUACACCAAGAGCUCCCACCUCAAGGCCCACCGCCGAACACACACAGGCGAGAAGCCCUACAAGUGCAUGUGGGAGGGCUGCACGUGGAAGUUUGCCCGCUCGGACGAACUGACGAGACACUUCCGCAAGCACACAGGCGUCAAACCGUUCCAGUGCCCCGACUGUGAGCGCAGCUUCUCCCGUUCCGACCACCUGGCUCUGCACAAGAAGCGCCACCUCCUGGUGUGAGGCGGAACCAAUAAAGGAUAAAACAUUGGGCGAUGAUGAACGCAGCCCCGCUUCAAGACAGCUCAGGGGCAGCUGCUGCCCGCGGAGCUCCAUGGCCACUUUGGGCGUCCCGGCCGCCAUAUUGGACUAUACCACUCUUCAGUAACUGGCCUCAGGGGGAAGAGAGGAACCCGGACUUUACAAGAAGAACCCGUUCCUCCGUUCUAUGCACCUCUCUGUUGAAACUUCAUCUUGUUGAACUACAACAAGAUUAUUUACUACCUAACCACUUUAACAGCUUUUAUUUUUAUUUUAUUUUUUGCCCUAACCCUUUCAACAAAACGAGCAGCCGCUCAGCAUUAGGACCUGUAGUGGCGAGUGAUGCUCUCUGAACUCUGAUCCGUUUUGAAGGCUCCAGUCUGUUUGAAUAAAUGGGCUCCAUCAGGCGCUCAGCUGGCCUGGGCGCCUGUGGCUCCUCCUGGUCGCCAUAGCGACAACAGCAUCAGCACCGGUUCAGUUCACUCUGCUCUCCUGGCAGAGGCACGCACCGCACCUAAGCAGAUUUGAAUGAUAUUAUCCACCCUUAUAUAAGCUCUAUCAUCUCUCCUCAGCUGUCCAACAUGUCCAGAGAAGUUUGUCUCGACCUUGGACUUUUUUAACACACAAAUUAACACGCGCAUGCUCUCACCUCACCAAUAUAAUGUGAAACGUACACAACGUUUAUAUAUGUGUUAACGUUCCUCCUUUUCUUUUGUUCCAUGCAGGAACGAUAUCUGAAUGUAAACGUCAUAUUAUGCCUACCAGUGUGCAUUGUGUUGUACAGAGAACCGGGAUACCGUUAUUAGCAUGGCUACAUGCAGUGUAUCUCUGUAGUUUAUUCCUCCUUCCUCCUUCCGGUCGACCUUCCAUACGCUACAAUAUCACCACACACCGCACCUGCCUCGAUACCAGCCUGGAUCAUGAAGUGUCAAAAGCGACUGGUAGCUUAUUCACAAUCAAUUAUGCACAGUGACAAAUAAACAACUGCACACACAGACAUGCAUACUUGUACACACACACACAAAUAAAGGACCUACUUAAAGAAAUAUACACAUACAUCCCUAAAAACGAAACAUGCACUUGUAGAACAUGAUAAGGCCUUCAUAAUUGGGUAGAAGAGUUUCAUUCCCAGAAUGUGGUUAACCUUUGUAUUGAGAAAUGUGAAAAGUAAAAUUAUUACACAAGGGCAUUAUUGUACAUUAAGGAUAUAUAUGGUUUAAGGGUAGAAGCAAUACAUUGUGUGCAUUACCAUUGACUUUGCGUGUGUGCAUCUAUGAAAUGAUAUUGUUGGUUUAUAAUGUGACAAAAUGGUGUCUUCUUUUGUUCUUCUUUAAUAUAUGUCAAGUGAUAGGCAGGUAAUGUUGCUCUUGUUUUUAUUGCCAGGAGCAGGUGAAGAGUUCUACUCCAAAAAGCGUUCAAGAUUUACCAGAUUACAAAAUGGCGAUUUCAUACACUCGUUUUUGUAAUAUUUUAUUAUUCGAUCAGAAUUUUUAUAUUUUUUGCCAGUCAUAUUUUUCACUGGCAAAGAGAUGGUUGCAAUUUUUCAGAAUAAGUACAACAAGAGAAUAUGCACUUUAUAUAAACAAAAACAUCCCCCUUCCAUGUACUUUUUGCAAUGGAAUUUGAUUGCUUUUGCUUCAUUGAUAAAUGCAUUCUUUAAUUUGAUUGCCUUUACUUUAUUGAUAAAUGCAUUCAUUAAUUUGAUUGCCUUUACUUUAUUGAUAAAUGCAUUCAUUAAUUAGAUUGAAAACAAUCAAGUCAGCCUGUGUUGUGGUGUUCAAAUGUGUCACUUUUAAACCAUAUCAUGCCAAGGGAGUGAAGAUCAGUUUGUUAUCUCACACACACACACACACACACACACACACACACACACACACACACACACACACACACACACACACACACACACACACACACACACACACACACACACACACACACACACACACACACACACACACACACACACACACACACACACUGAAUGUAGCACCUCAGCUGAUCCACAAUAUAUACAUGUUGUGCCUAUUUGCUUUUUUGUAUCGCUGCAAAUUAUAUAUGUUGUAAUAUAUUUGAUAAAUAAUUGUAGACUGAAAGGGCAAUUGCAGGUUUUUAUUAAGCAUGAUUUUGAUACUCCUAUAACAAAUGAUCAUUUUGAUACUGUUAACAGUGGAUAAUAUAAAUGUAUAUAAAGCUGUGUCUAUAUUAAACCUUGUCUUUUAAUCGAAAUUGGUAAUUCAAAGGGAACUGUGUCGAACUGUGAACAUAAUGUACAGCUCUAUUUGCGGUUUUGCAUAUUAUUCAUACCCGUUAUUAAAGUUAUUGAUAAUAUUUGUAGAA